AUUAUUUUCUUUAAAACACAAUUAUUUGCAACAUAUUGUAAAGUAAAACUUUUGUUAAAAUUAAUUAUAAAAAUGAUUUAUAAACUAUUUAUACUAUAUUUUACUGUUUGUUACAAUUAUAUUAACAGUGAACCUAUUGAUACGUCGACUUUAAUUUCAUUGCAAAUUAUUCAUAGACACGGCGACAGAACUCCAAUAGCUUUUUAUCGAAACGAUCCGUACAAAAGUGACCAAUGGGUCGAUGGAUUAGGAGAGUUGACCCCUAGAGGUAAACAACGUAUGUUUACAUUUGGACAACAGUUACGGCAAAGAUAUGGCAAUUAUUUGGGUGAUUCACCAAAAAACGCUUAUAUCAGAAGUUCAGCGUCCGAUCGGUGCAUUGAAAGUGCUUCAGCACUGAUCGCCGGCUUAUAUCCGCCAAAAGGACGAUGGGUAUGGUCUUUGAUCGAUGAAUUGGCAAAGAUAUGGCAGCCAAUUGCCAUUCAAACGGUUGAUAAAUCAAAAGACGGUUUGUUAGUUCCUAACUGUGACUGUCCGGCGGCGGACAAAGCAUACGAAGAGAUUAUGAAAUCUAAAGAUGUGACAGAAUUUAUGGAGAAAAACAAAAAUUUCAUACAAAAAAUAAACGACAAAACCGGUGAAAAUUAUACCACUUUAAGACAAAUGGAUUAUUUGUACGAUAGUAUUAAUCACGAAAUAAAUUUUGAUGUCCCAAAGCCAGUGCCCAAAUGGAUUAAAGAGUUGGGAAACGACACUCUCGACAGACUUAAAGAGUUUGAGUCAAUGGCUUUUAAGUACGACUGGUCGUCGAAAAAAGUUCAACGAUUAAGAGGUGGUCUUAUGUUUAAAGAAUUGACUACUAAUAUGGACACUGCCAUCAAAACUCCUGACACAUCCAAAAAAGUUUAUGUGUAUUCAACACACGAYACUAUUUUGGUAACACUUUUGCAGGCAUUGAACUUAUAUUCAGGAGAUCCGCCAUCCUAUGGAUCGGCACUUGUUUUUGAGUUACAUCGGGUCGAUGGCCAGCAUUGGGUGCACUUGUUUUACGCAAACGUCACGCCUGUACUUAUUUUCCGAGAAUUAGAUAUCAAAUUAUGUCAUUUAAAUGAAACCCAAAGUCAAUGUCGUGCCGAAGAUUUUGGUAAAAGUCUUACAGAAUUUAUACCGAAUGACUGGGAGACCGAAUGUGAGAUACCUCACAAUGGAUUGUCUACUUUGAAUGGACAGUCACAUACCGUCCCUUUAUUAUUAACAUAUACC